AUGCUCUCCAGACUUCCAACGAACACCUAUCUGUUAUGUCUAGCCGCAAUGAGCUCUUUAUUCCUCUGCACGCUGUUUGUCUUCUGGCUAGAAGAGAUGUCCUAUCUUUAUUUUGAGGACAGCUUGAUCGGUCUUCAAUUCCGAAAUCUCAGCUGCAAGGUGAAUCAGUUCUUCGCUCACGUUUGUGACUUCUCCAGCGUGUGGCUGAUCGUUUUGGUUGGCUGUGAACGGCUUAUGCUUCUUCAUCAACACCGACGGAGUCUCACCACAGAAAAGGCGUGCGCUCAGUAUAAGAUGUUGAGGCAUGGAGUUUGUGACAUCGACCCAGCUUUCGAUAAGGUCUAUCACGUGAUGACCGUGCUUGAGGCGCACGGUUUGUUGUUCAGCGCGAUAGAAGAAGAUAAGCACUGGGAUUCUGCAAAACCCACUCCACUCAUGCCGGAACUCGAGCCCUCCUAUGAGCAACCAAAUGUGUUCCAACUU